GCAUUCGGUGAAUUCGAUUAGAAGCCACUGGAGCUUACCAACUCUCUAUAAACUAUACAUCUAACUCGCUGCUACUACUUAGUACCCCAGUAUAAUUUCAACCCAAAAAGAAUAAAAAGUCUCCAACAAAAAACCAUGGAAGUCUUUUCUCUUUCCUCCAUUUUUGAAAGCUGGAAGUUCUGCACAUUUGCAAGCCUCAUAGGCUGCAUUAUCCUCCUAUUCCUUUUCAACCAUACCCAAAACGGCCUAAACGAAGCCAGUCUUACAAAAAUUACAAAACCGCCACCAACCUCAUCAUCAUCAUCAUCAUCAUCCAGUAAAUUCUUUCCACAACAGAAUGCCGUUGAAAAUGCAAAACAGAUCGGAAAGUCUAAGUCCGAAUCCCCUAGGCCCAAUUAUGAAAUAAAAGAGGCGAAAACCUGCAACAUAUUUGAAGGAAAAUGGGUUUACGAUCCAGAAGGAAGUCCUUUGUAUGAUGAAGCACAAUGUCCAUUUCUCAGUGACCAAGUUAGCUGCCAAAGAAAUGGACGCCCAGAUUCUGACUAUGAGAAAUGGAGUUGGGAAGCAAAUGGCUGUGAGAUUCCAAGGUACAAUGGCAAAGAAACGUUAGAGAAGCUAAGAGGAAAAAGAGUAAUCAUAGUUGGGGAUUCACUCAACAGAAACCAAUGGGAAUCUUUUGCUUGCCUUCUUUACUCUUCUUUAUCUCCCGCUCAAACCCAUGUGGACGAAAAAAGCGGUUCCUAUAAGGUCUUGAAAUCCAAGGAAUUCAACUGCACUGUGGAAUUUUACUGGAGCCCAUUUCUAGUUCAACUAAAAGUGAACAAAGAAAAUGGUAGCAGAGUUCUGAAACUGGACAAGAUUUCCAAGUAUGCUAGAAUGUGGAAAGGUGCAGAUAUCAUGGUGUUCAACACUGGUCAUUGGUGGACUCGUCGACGGAAUGUCAAGCGGUGGGACUUUUUCGAGUACAGAGCUAAACAGGUGGAAAAUAUGGAUACUGGAAUGGCAUUUGAGAUUGCUAUGAAAACUUGGGCAAAAUGGGUGUCUCAAAAUGUUGAUAGAAACAAAACAAAAGUGUUCUUCAGGAGCAUAUCACCAGAACACAAAGGAGAGCAGUGGUGCUAUAAAAAAACUAAUCCCAUUACAAAUGAGUCAUAUGCUUGGUCAUUUCCUAGAGAAAUGGUGGAAAUCGUGGAGAGAACAAUAUUACAAAACCCAGUAAUUAGCUACUUGAACAUCACCAAGUUGUCUUUGAAUCGAAGAGAUGGACAUCCAUCAGUUUACAAGACAAAGGAAGGAAAAAUUUUCAUAGAAAUGGGAAUAACAAAGGCUGAGAAGUAUUCUGAUUGCAGCCACUGGUGUUUGCCUGGACUACCUGAUACAUGGAACAGACUCUUGUUUGCUUCCUUGCUCAUCAACACCCCAAAAAACGUCUCCUUUUCUUAACAUCAUUUUUCUUUUCAUUUUCCCCAAUCCCACAAACCACAACCACAAACCCCCCCCCUUCGUUCUCUACCAUAUUUUUUUUAUUUUUUUAUUUUUUUUGGAGUUAACAAUGUUGACCCUUUCACGGGUCUAGGAAAUGUAAAAACGAAAAAAUGUUUACAUAUAAUUCGGUCUUAUUGAAGAAAAGUGAAGAAAAUCUUUGUAUCUUAACAGAGUUCAUUUUGCUAUUAAUAUUAUUCGUAAUUGUAUAAACCCUGGUUAUCUUCCAAAAAGAAUGAUGGAAAUCCAA